UGUCUUAAAAAAUGAGUUUCGAAAACAAAGUGGUACUAGUGACCGGUGCAAGCGCCGGUAUCGGCAAAGCCAUAGCGUUACUAUUCGCCGAGCGCGGCGCGCGACUUGCGAUCGUCGGUCGCAACGCGGAGAACCUGCGCGCGGUCGUAGACGAGUGCGCGGUUGCAGUCGCAAGCGCAGGGCGGCCGCUGGAGAUAGUAGCUGAUCUGUCGACGGACGAGGGGUGCGAGAAGACGGUGAAAGAGACAUUGGACCAUUACGGAAGACUGGACGUCCUGAUAAAUAAUGCAGGAGUCGGCGCACGGACGGACCUCGCGCGGACCGACAUGGCGAUAUUUGAUGAGGUGUUCAACACGAACGUAAGAGGCGUUUACAACCUCACGCGGCUAUUGGCACCAGCACUUAUCGAAAGCAAGGGUAACAUCGUCAACAUUUCAAGCAUAUCUGGUACGGCGGUGGCGGUGGGAAGCCUGCCUUACAGCAUGUCGAAGGCAGCGCUAGACCACUUCACAAAACUGAUCGCCCUCGAGUUGGCACCAAAAGGCGUUAGAGUCAACACAGUGAGCCCUGGAGUCACAGUCAGUGAUUUCGUCCAACGCAUAACCGGUAUCAGCGACGAGGCGUACUCCGAGUUCCUAACCAACAUGGCCAAAUGCAUCCCCAUGCGGCGCGUGUGUCAGCCUGAGCACAUAGCCAAGAUGGUGGCGUUUCUGGCCAGCGAGGACAGUGAACUAGUCACGGGGACUAUAGUUAAAGUCGACGGCGGAGCUGACUUGCAUGUCGACUUUACAUACAUGGCGAAGCAGACACAGAAAUAAAUAAAAAUGUGACCUCUUCAAAAUUAAUGUCACACUACUUUACCUUAUAUUAUUUAACUAAGUAAUCAAAUAUUACAAAGAAGUAUAAAACAAUCAGGGGCCCAUUUCAUGAACGGUAUUAGUCUAAUAUUAUUAGUGUGUUACCAUGGUAACCGAUACGAUUUGACAGUUCGUGGACUAAUAAUAUUAGUCUAAUACCGUUCGAGAAAUGGGGCCCCAGGUCUAUUACUCAACUUGGGAAUGCAAUCUCGUUCUCGCGAGAUCUCGAGAGGUCGUCGGCAGGAAAUCCCGGUUUUUGCAAUCAUGAUCGAGAUUUUUAUGAAUCUAGCUGCAUAUACUUCAUUCUUCUGUAACUUUGCCGUUGCAUGUAACAAUAGGAUAAUUUUGUGACGUCUGUGACUUGUGACGUCACGUCAUUUUACAAACAACAAAUAACAAUAAGCGUGUGAAACGCCAAGAUGACUCGGCACGAGAAGCCCUGUAACACGACAUGGUCUGCCAACGUCAGUGUCGAGGUAAAAACAAUAAAAAUAUUGUAAUUAUUCUUUAAUAAAGUUUCUUAUAAGAAUAAAUUCUUUCAU